UGAAGAGUGGUGGUCUUUGUUUUCCCAAGCAUGGAUUCCGACACGGACUCGGAUCGGGGGAAGAGCAGCGAUCCCAACGAGGGUCUGCUGAGCAGCGACGAUAAGACAUUCCAUGACGACGACGAUGAUGAUGACGAUGAGGUGGAUUCUUCUCCCGCCGAUGACGAGGAAGAGCCCGAAGAGGAGUCUCUGCUGCCGCAGAAGAAACCACAAGUUCGUAUGGAAGAGGAGCUGCCACCAUUGCUUUUGGUUCAGGCAGCAGAAACCUUAGAAGUGCCACAAGAAAUCGAUGACAGCGUUCGAAUUCAAAACGUUGGCGAGGCAACGGUUAUUGAUAUUGAAACGGAAAAGGAUGCUGGUCCUGAUCCGGAACCCGAACCGGAAACGGAAACGGAACCGGAACCGUUGAAAUGCCCAUCAUCGCUGCGCGACAGUGUCCGGGAGUCCAUUGAGUGCUUCUAUUCCGCCCAGGAUCUCCUGGAAUACGGCCAUAUGCUGUCAUCCACUUCCAUGGUCCGCACUCCGGACGUGGAGUCUGGCUAUUUUGAAAAGUCCGAGAGCGAUGCCUCACGCGACGAAUGGGAAGGUCUUCCAUCGUCUUCGUCCUCCGGAGCUGCACGGUGUCGUCUCCUGUCCGGCGUCUCCGGACUCUCUGCCGCCUCCUCGACGAGCCGGCACAGCGCCGAGGGAUUGCGCAGGGAAUUGAGUCGUUUCCGGGUUAUGGUUGAGACCCUCGAGCGGGAGAGUCUGGAGAAGUCGCAGUCGGAGCUGCAACUGAAGGUGGUCAAUCCGGUGUCGAAGCCGUCGAAGCCGCAGCCGAAGCAAAGGUCUCACCUCCAGGAAUCGGCGGGGGAAAGCGGCUCGGAGCAGGGUUCGGAGCGUGGCUCCGAGAGGGGCUUCUGGGCAACGGUCUUUGGCGAGGCGGGCGUGGAGAUGGCCCCAGAUGAGGACCAACAGAUUGAGGAGCUGCAAAGUAGGCAAUGGGAAGCUCAUCGCGCUCUCGAGCUGCUCGAGGACUAUCACGCUAGACUCUCCGAGCCGCAGGAUCGGGCGCUGCGUAUUGCAAUCGAACGCGUUAUACGCAUAUUUAAGUCUCGCUUGUUUCAAGCGCUGUUAGAUAUACAAGAAUUCUAUGAAUUGACAUUAUUGGAUGACUCGAAAAGCAUACAGCAAAAGACAGCGGAGACCUUGCAAAUUGCAACCAAAUGGGAGAAGGAUGGGCAGUCCGUUAAAAUAGCCGAUUUUAUCAAAACUUCAAAUUUAAAUCGCAAUUGCGCCUAUGAGUUUAACAGCGACGCCUCAUCCAAUCAAACCAACCAAUCAGCCCCGAAUCAAAAUCAGAUCGCGAAUAAUGUCAGUGCCCAAGCGCAUGCCGAGGCGCUCAGCAGAACAUUUAAGAGCGAAUUGGAAGAGAUCUUGAACCAGCGGAUGCGUAUUGAAUCGGAUACGGAAAAUGCCAAGGAGCCACCGGCAGAGACGCAGUCGCAGCGAAGCUCUCAUUCGCCGCAGCAGCAGCAGCAGCAAUCGCAACAGCAGCAGACAUCGCAGCAAGGAUCCAAGUCUAGGAGCGGGUCGCAGACUGUGAAUGGCGAUGACAGCUGGUUGUACGAGGACAUUCAGCUGGAGCGCGGCAACUCCGGACUGGGAUUCUCUAUUGCCGGCGGUACGGAUAAUCCGCACAUCGGCACCGACACCUCCAUCUACAUCACCAAGCUCAUUUCGGGCGGAGCAGCUGCCGCCGACGGACGGCUGAGCAUUAAUGACAUUAUUGUCUCCGUGAACGAGGUGUCCGUGGUGGAUGUACCACAUGCCGCCGCCGUGGAUGCUUUAAAGAAAGCGGGUAAUGUGGUGAAGCUUCAUGUUAAGCGAAAACGCGGAACGGCCACCACACCGGCGCCUGGAUCCGCAGCUGGCGAUGCCCGGGAUAGUGUCAGUGGGCCCAAGGUCAUUGAGAUUGAUCUGGUCAAGGGUGGCAAGGGAUUGGGCUUCUCCAUUGCGGGCGGCAUUGGUAAUCAGCAUAUCCCGGGCGAUAAUGGCAUCUAUGUGACGAAACUAAUGGAUGGUGGGGCGGCUCAGGUGGACGGACGUCUCUACAUUGGAGACAAGCUGAUUGGAGUGCGCACCAACGGGAGCGAAAAGAACCUGGAGAACGUAACGCACGAACUUGCGGUGGCCACUUUGAAAUCGAUCACCGACAAGGUAACACUGAUCGUGGGCAAGACACAGCAUUUGACCACCAGUGCGUCCGGCGGAGGAGGCCUUACAGCCGGCCAGCAGCUGUCGCAAUCGCAGUCCCAAUUGGCCAGCAGCCAGAGUCAAAGCCAGGUUCACCAACAGGCGCAGCAUCCGAUGGCCAAUUCGCAGUCGACAGGUGCGCUAAAUAGUGUGGGACAGACCGUUGUCGAUUCACCACCAAUACCAACACAAACACCACUGGCUGCAGCAGCCACAGCAGCCGCAUCAGUCAUUGCAAGCAACAAUACCACCGUCACCACAGUCACAGGCACUAGCAACAGUAGCAGCAAGUUGCCACCGUCGCUUAGCGCUAACAGCAACAGCAACAUUAGCAAUAGCAGCAGCAACAUCAUCAGCAUCAACAACAACAAUAACAUCAGCAGCAGCGGCACGACAGCAGCAGCCUCUACUCCAGCCACUCCACCCGCCUCCUUUUAUAACAAUGCUUCCAUGCCCGCCCUGCCUGUCGAAUCCCAGCCACCAAGCAACCGAUCCCAAUCACCCCAGCCGCGCCAGCCCGGCUCGCGAUACGCCUCCACAAAUGUACUGGCCGCCGUACCGCCAGGAACCCCGCGCGCUGUCAGCACCGAGGACAUUACCAGAGAACCGCGCACCAUCACCAUCCAAAAGGGACCGCAGGGCCUGGGCUUCAACAUCGUUGGCGGCGAGGAUGGCCAGGGCAUCUAUGUGUCCUUCAUUCUGACCGGCGGCCCUGCCGACUUGGGCUCUGAGCUGAAGCGUGGCGAUCAGUUGCUGAGCGUAAACAAUGUUAACCUCACGCAUGCCACCCACGAGGAGGCGGCCCAGGCUCUCAAGACUUCUGGAGGCGUGGUUACCCUGGUGGCACAGUACCGGCCCGAGGAAUACAACCGCUUCGAGGCUCGCAUCCAGGAGCUGAAACAGCAGGCGGCCCUCGGCGCUGGAGGAACGGGAACUCUGCUGCGGACCACACAGAAGCGGUCGCUGUAUGUGCGCGCUCUAUUCGAUUACGAUCCGAAUCGGGACGAUGGCUUGCCGUCGCGGGGAUUGCCCUUCAAGCACGGCGAUAUACUGCAUGUGACGAACGCCUCCGAUGAUGAGUGGUGGCAGGCAAGGCGUGUCCUGGGCGACAACGAGGACGAGCAGAUCGGCAUAGUGCCGUCGAAGAGGCGAUGGGAGCGAAAGAUGCGGGCCAGGGAUCGCAGCGUCAAGUUCCAGGGACAUGCGGCGGCCAACAAUAAUAUGGAUAAGCAAUCGACAUUGGAUCGAAAGAAAAAGAAUUUCACAUUCUCGCGCAAAUUUCCGUUUAUGAAGAGUCGCGAUGAGAAGAAUGAAGAUGGCAGCGACCAAGAGCCCAAUGGAGUUGUGAGCAGCACCAGCGAGAUUGACAUCAACAAUGUCAACAACAACCAGGCGAAUGAACCGCAACCCUUUAUGCUUUGCUACACACAAGACGAUGCCAAUGCUGAAGGAGGCGAGAUUAUCUACAGGGUGGAGCUACCCGAUAUGGAGCAGAUAACUCUGAUCUACUUGGAGAAUAAUGACGCUGACUAUCCUUCCGAGGAGACUGUGCUGUCCUACGAGGCCGUGCAGCGCUUGUCCAUCAACUACACGCGUCCGGUAAUAAUCCUGGGACCCCUGAAGGACCGCAUCAACGAUGACCUAAUAUCGGAGUAUCCCGAAAAGUUCGGCUCCUGUGUGCCACACACCACCCGACCCAAGCGCGAAUACGAGGUGGACGGCAGGGACUAUCAUUUCGUGUCCUCGCGCGAGCAAAUGGAGCGCGACAUCCAGAAUCAUCUGUUCAUCGAGGCGGGCCAGUACAACGAUAACCUGUACGGCACCUCUGUGGCCAGUGUGCGCGAGGUGGCGGAAAAGGGUAAACACUGCAUCCUGGACGUUUCCGGGAAUGCGAUCAAGCGGCUCCAAGUGGCCCAGCUCUAUCCCGUGGCUGUGUUCAUCAAGCCCAAGUCCGUGGACUCGGUGAUGGAGAUGAAUCGUCGGAUGACAGAGGAGCAGGCCAAGAAGACUUAUGAGCGGGCGAUUAAGAUGGAACAGGAAUUCGGCGAAUACUUUACGGGCGUUGUUCAGGGCGAUACCAUUGAGGAGAUCUAUAGCAAAGUGAAAUCAAUGAUUUGGUCACAGUCGGGACCAACCAUCUGGGUACCUUCCAAGGAAUCUCUAUGACCAACAGCCACCACAACAUGGACACUGCCGCCUCGGGUUCGAUCUCGGCCAGUUUCGAGAACAACAACAGCAACAAUAGGAGCAACAGCGGCAGCAACAAAUCAGCAGACGCAACAGAAGACGCCGCACUGAUGAUGAGGAAGCAUCACAACAACAACAACAGAAACAGCAACUGAAACAACAAACAGCAAAUCAACAACAGCAGCAGCAGUAACUUGAAUAACUACAAUAACUGUAACGACUAAAACAAUUAUUUCAACUCUAACAACUCCAACAACUUCAACAACUUCAACAACUAUUACAACUUCAACAACAACGACGCGACAGUCAGUAAAAACACGGACAGCAGACAGCAGACAAACGAUUUCUUAUAACGCAGCCGCAGCAGCCAACUUAAUGUAGCAAAUUGCCCAACAAAAAGUUUUGGAUGGUACCCCCCCCCCCACACACACACAUACACACAGGUGUACUGUAACUGUACGAUCAGAAGAAAGCAAGCCAGAGGAGAACAGCUGAGAGGAGUUCAGGAAGAGAAAGCGCAGAAGCACUUGGCAUUUCGUAGGGAAUUCGAUAGAGAGAAAGAGAGGAGAGAUGGGAUAUAUACAUAGAUGUUCAAACUGAAUAAGGCGGACAAAGGUGUAUAGUUUUUAGUUAGAACAAAGUUGGGUAUAAACAAGAAAACAAAAGGUAAAAGCGAAAUAUAUAUACAACACACCACUUACAUAUAGACGUAAGAUCCGAUUAUAUAAAGGCAUAGAGAGAUGAAGCGCUAGUGUUGUUUGUUUAUGUUGAUGUUUAUAUACACAUACGAGAGCCAAGAGUUAUAGCGAGUUAGUUAUGUUGACGAUAAUGUGUUUUUUGAUAUAUAUUAUUGAUCUAUAUAAAGAAAGGAAAAUAUGUACACACAAACACACACACACAUACACUGCAUAAUGUAAGUUUAAGUACGACAAUGUUUAUUAGCUGACUACGAAUAAUAUUGACGACGAUGACCGACGGAUGCGGCGGCAGAUAUAAAGUCAGAUGAUGACGAUAACGAUUUACCAUUACGAUAAUGAUAAUAAAUAAUGAUAAAUACACAUUGAUUGAAUAAUAAUAAUGCUAAUGCUAAUAAUGACGAUGAUGAAGAUGAACGUUGGUGCAUUUGUUGUUAGAUGUAUGUAAUUUUUCCCAAUCGCCUUUGCCUAAAAGCAACAAAAAAAAAAAAAAAAAAAAAACAAACAAAAAAAGUUAAGAAAUGAAUAACAAACUUGCGUACGUAUAAAGAAUACUAGAAACUAGCGGAAAAGUUGCAUAUAAACACCUACAUACACACACAAACUCAUUCACUACACAUCUACUUAUAUAUGUAUCUGUACCAUUUAGAAUAUAGUCCGCCAGAAAUCGUCGCACUCCUUAUCAAGUCAAGUGAACUAUGGCCACAGUUGAGGGGACGAAGGGGAGUUGAGGAAGGACUAAGGAAGCAGAAGGCAGAAGCAAAGUGUCGCGUUGAUUUAAAUCUAAUAUAUUAUGAGUAAUAAUAUUGUAUAUUUAAAAACAAAUAUUGUAUGUAGAUAAUACACACAAAACACACACACACAUACAUGCAUACAUACAUGGAUUACCGAUGCGGUCUAAUUUUAUAUACAAACACGAACACACACCCAACACAUAUUUACAAUACAUAAACUAUGUUUUUUUUUCCGUAUUGAAGCGACAAAUCGAAUUGCAAAGGCAAAUAAAUAAAUCAAAUAAAUAAAUAGAAAA